AUGAUCGAGAAACGAAGCAAAGCCGAAAGUAUCGAAACUACAUCCAAAGAAGAUGUGAGUUAUGAUCUGUCAUCCAACAACGAUAAGCCGAAAGGCACUCAUAAUACUACUACGGCAGAGCUUUUGCAAAACGACCCCAAGGUAAAAAGAAUACGGAAGAUCGCCAUCGUUGUUCUUUUGACUGCCGCUGUUGGUGUCAGCGGCGGUAUCUACACAAGCCUCGUGCGUUCGGAAGAGAGAGAAUUCCAAAACCGAUUCGAGGAUCAAGCCAAGCAGAUUGGACAAGCUCUCGAAGCAGAGCUUGACAACAAACUUCGAGCGAUUGAUGCGCUCUCUGUUACCAUCACAUCAUUUGCUGGAUCUCAAAGCGUACAAUGGCCGAAUAUUACUGUGCCCGAGUUCUCUUAUCGAGCAGCAAGCGCAUUGAGUUUAGGGCGAGCUCUGUCAGUGGCUUUGUAUCCCAUCGUCUCAUACGAUCAAAUGAGGCAAUGGGAAAUCUUUAGUGUUCAGAAUCAGCAAUGGGUAAAGGAGGUAGUUGCAUUUCAAGCCAAAUUUCCACAGGCCUUUCGUUCAAGCGUCAAAAAGGAACAUAAUAUGGAUGCGAGCAGAGCAGAGAGACAUAUGGUCACAAAUUCCAGCGAAUUGCUGCACAAUAUAUCAGAUGUAAUCUUUCAUUUUGAUGAUGAUGGAAUGCCCACAAGAAUCAGCAAUGAGCUCAUGCUUCCCAUGUGGCAACACGCUCCAGUACAUCCAGGAUUACCACGGACAAACUACGAUGCAUACGCAGUGGAACGGAAUCGAGAAGCUCUCGACAAGGUCAUGCAAAAUCAGGCCUCUGUGCUUGGUCAAUCCUACACGCUCGAGGAAAGUUGCUAUGGGCAUGACUUUCCACCGAUGAGCCCAGAUUUGGAGACAGAGACAUGGGAUGAUAUUUGGACACAAAUGGUGGCAAUGAAAAACAAUCACCAACACGGACACAGCGGACAUACCGAAAUCAUGGACCACAGCGGACACAUCGAGCUGAACCAUAAUCAUCACGAGGUAGCUGGCCUCGAAGGACCUGCUGUCAACCUUUUUUAUCCAGUCUUCUCGGACCUGAAUGAGAACCGUACCGUGGUUUCUAUUCUUGCGCUGACCUCCAAAUGGGACUCCUUUCUUCUACCCAGUCUUCCUCCGGAUCCAAACGGUCUUAUGGUGACCAUGAACAACGAAUGCGGACAAAGCUUUACCUUCGAGAUUACAGGAGAAGAAGUCAUCUACUUGGGACCCGGUGACCAUCACGAGGCCAAAUACGGCAGCUUUGAGAAGCGGUUUCCUUUGACUCUCGACAGCUCAGUUUUUACCGAAGUCCCCAUGGCAAAUGAAUACUGCACUUACACAGCCUCCGUCUAUCCUUCGAGUCAGAUGCGCGAAGAGUUUGCUUCCAACUCUCCAAUGAUCUACACUGUUUCUGUUGCGGUGAUAUUUUUCUUCACCAUUUUCGUGUUUGUCUUCUAUGACUACCUGGUUCAAGCAAGACAAAGAUACUUGGUCGAGACUGCCUCAAAGUCCAAUGCCAUCAUCAGCUCAUUGUUUCCCCAGAUUGUUCGCGAUCGAUUGAUGGAAGGUGAAGGUCAGAACGCAAGGAAAAAGAUAUGGAGAACAGAAGCGGUGAAUGGUGGGGCUGAAAAGCCAGCUGGACCACCAAUCGCCAACUUCUUCGCCAAUACCACUGUCAUGUUUGGAGACAUUGCUGGCUUUACCGCAUGGAGCAGCUCGCGACAGCCGUCAGAAGUCUUCGCUCUUCUGGAGUCUCUUUACGGCAAGAUGGAUAGCAUUGCCCGAGAGAUGAAAGUGUUCAAGGUUGAAACGAUUGGAGACUGUUAUGUAGCAGUGACAGGUUUGCCAAAUCCACAAGAGGAUCAUCAUUUGCGUAUGGUAAAGUUUGCAACUCGAGUUUUGAAGAGCAUGGGACCGUUGACUAGGCAAAUGGAAGUGAAGCUUGGACCUGGUACUACCAAACUUGGAUUCCGUGUCGGCUUGCAUUCCGGGCCAGUUACUGCUGGAGUGCUGCGAGGUGAAAAGUCUCGUUUCCAGCUUUUCGGCGACACUAUGAACAUGGCGUCUCGAAUGGAAUCUACUGGCAAGAUAAACUUUAUUCAAGUUUCAAACGCGACAGCAAGGCUUAUUGUUGCCUCUGGUAAGGACCAUUGGAUUAGCAAACGCGAGGAUAUGGUCGAAGUCAAAGGAAAGGGAACUGUGCAAACGUACUGGGUUACAGAUAUCUGUGCUCAAAGAAGGCAGAGCAACGAUAAAAGCACUUGUGAAAGCUCUGCGUCAGAGCGGAGAUCGAUGGACACGCUUUGCUCGAAAGACCAGGAUGCAAUAGCCAAGAACAACACAAGAAGGUCCUUGGUCGAAUGGCAAGUUGAGUUACUCUCACAGUUGAUCAAACAGAUCGUAGCCAAGCGAAAAGACAGUCCUCGAAAAUCGCUUCAGCCUUUCAAUGGAUGGGACUCCAAACAUGCUACGCCACGUGAUGAGAUUGUCGAGGAGCUGCAUCUGCCUUCGCUCAAACCUGGUACCACUACUAAUCAAGAUUCGAAUCGAGUUAAGCUUUCUCAAAAAGUCCAAGAUCAGUUGCAUGACUUUGUGACUUCCAUUGCAAUGCUCUAUCGUGACAACGGCUUUCAUAACUAUGAGCAUGCAUGCCAUGUAACCAUGAGCGCCAACAAGUUCCUCAUGCGAGUUGUCAAUCCACAAGGGAACGGAUUCGAGGAUUCGCUUCGAGCUUCACUUCGAGCCUUUCACAAUCAUGAAUACGCGUACGGGUUGACUGGCGACCCAUUGACGCAGUUUGCCAUUAUCUUCUCGGCAUUGAUUCAUGAUAUCGAUCAUCAAGGGGUAAGCAACAAACAGCUGUCUGAAGAAGAUAGUAGACUUGCAAUGAUGUACAAUGGCAAAAGUCCAGCAGAGCAAAACUCGAUUGACUUGGCCUUUGAAGUACUGGGCUCGUCACAAUAUCAUGAUUUGGUAUCCUGCAUAUGCGCCAAUGAGGAGGAACUUAAGCGCUUCCGACAGCUUGUUGUGAACUGCGUCAUGGCAACCGACAUUUUUGACAAGGAUCUCUUGGCCAUUCGAAACAAGAAAUGGAAGAAGGCAUUCAAAAGCGAGGAGGAGGAAUCGUCUUCUGACCUGAAAGCGACUAUUGUUAUUGAGCACAUCAUUCAAGCUGCCGAUGUGGCGCACACCAUGCAACAUUGGCAUGUCUACCAAAAGUGGAACGAGAAACUCUUCUUCGAAAUGUGUACUGCCCAUGAGGCGGACCGAGGCCCCGCCAAAGACCCAGCUUUGGGUUGGUAUGAAGGGGAGCUAUGGUUCUUUGACAACUAUGUGAUACCGCUGGCAAAGAAGCUGGAAGAGUGUGGAGUAUUUGGGGUAUCUAGUGACGAAUGCCUGAACUACGCUCUUGAAAAUCGCAAGGAAUGGGAAAUUAGAGGAAGGGAUCUUGUGACAUCAAUGAAAGAGCGCUAUGCCAAGAUGAGGAAGGAAGGGAAACGUGGUUCGCUGUAA